ACGGACACCAUCAUUUGACUGCUCCGAUGUCUGCCACUCUGCCAACUUUCUCGAAAAUCUACCUCCCCUUUCCGCGCUAUAUAUGCUUUGUUGUUUUACUUGUUGGAUUGGACGAGUUCAUCGAAUGGACGGGCUGCAGAGGUCGGCGCAGACAUUCAGGAGGUCGGGCUCGUCGGGGCUGGUCUGGGACGAGCGCUUCAUCACCGAGGGCGCCGGCGCGGCGGCGCCACGCCAGCAGCCGGAGCUGCGGCACUCGAGGAGCGUCGGCAGCGUCGCCAUGCUGCUGCUCGGCGGCGAGGCAGAUCGCGACGACAAGAGGAAGCUGACGCUGGCCAAGCCGAACCUGAAGGGCCACCACAAGAAGCAGGAGGAGCUGGUGCCUGGCAGGAAGGCGUUUCGGACCAGGGACGUAGCCCCGGCCGCCGAGCCACCGUCGCCGAGGGUGCUCGCCAUCUGCUGCGCGCCCUGCUCCAUCUUCCGGGAUGCCGGCGCCGGUGGCUCGUCGUCUCUGGCGCGGCGGGCCAAGAAGCGGUAGGAUAGGAAAAUCAAUAUGUUUAUUUUUUCGGGUUCAUGGUAUGCUUGAGACGAAGUGUAACCGUACGGGGGGAUCGUGACCAAGUGGCUCGCGCGUACGUACGAUUUGAGGCUCAUAAAAUCUCUCUGAUUCUGAAUAAAUUUGUACU